AUGCCCAUCUCUCCUCCGUCUGCUGCUGGCCCUGCUGCUGCAUGGCCAGACGUGCCCGCUCCUGGACCCUCCUUCUCACUCUCCGCCUCGCCGAUACAUCGUCACUUGGCCACAUCACAUACCAACAACACAUACACCCGUAAACGGCGCUUGGACAUACACACAUACACACACUCUCACUCCAUCGACACUGACAACAUCAUCGACCUUGGACCCUCACCACCUUGUCCAUCCCGAGCAGGAAGCCGCGUAUCAGCCACCACUGCUCAGUUCGCAAGCAUACAGCUCGUCGAUUCCCCCAGAACCUUGCCGAUAGAGUCCAGCCCCUCCAUCAGGUCCGAGGCUCUCCAUUCCUCCGGCUAUAUCAGUCCCAACCCGCCCAGCUCGGUCACCUUCCUCUCAACCAACUCUAGCUCCCAAGGAUACUCGCCUUUCCCCCUCCUGCCUCCCGAGAUCUUGAAUGCAGAGUGGAACGACAGCAACGAGGUACACCACCAACAGCACCCUUCCAACUCGACGCCUCUAGUCAGAGUAGACCCGGCCCAGGACACCUACUCUCACCACCACCCAUCCCCAUCGCCGCCACUACCACACGGAGCAAGCAUGAGCACUGUUGCUAUCCCAUUCGACCCCACGUUCACCAUGGGAAGCCGAUCAACAUUCACCUGGCCUGGCCUCGAACACAGCGGCGAAUCAAGCGGGACGCUUCUCGGCCACAACCUCGCAUCUCUCGGCUCCUCAGACGCCAGCCUCACACCACCCAGCGGAUCGAGAUCAGUGACGGCCAGCCCGCCAAGGGGGGUCAUGACGCCGGAGCAGCGGGAACUGAAGAAGCAGAGGGACCAGGCGCGCCGGGACUCAAAGACCUCUCAACGGGUAAGGAGAGCCGGCAGCAACAGCUACAUCCACUCGCCACCGCUCUCGAUGCCCGACGUCUCCAGCACGAUGGGCGUUCCCGUCUACACCACGGCGCCAGCCCCGAUCUCGCUCCUCGCCGAGCCGACGACCACCAUGGGAAGCUCGUCAUACCUCCCUUCCUACAGCCCGCCGCUGUCAGACCACGGCUACCAGAGCGGGUACCCUCCGAUGGCGCCGGCCUACAGCAUGGGCGGCAUGGACUACUCCAACCAGUUCCAACCACCAGCACAGUACGGCCGCCCUCCACUGUCAGUCAGCCAGGACCCGAUGAUGUACGGCGUGCCGCCCUCGAUGGCGCCCGGAGCCGGAGCGGACCAGGGAGGACACGUGAGGGUGGUGCAGAGCCGGCCCAAGCCCCAAUGUUGGGAGCACGGCUGCAACGGCCGCCAGUUCUCGACCUUUAGCAACCUCCUCAGACACCAACGCGAGAAGUCAGGCCAAGCAGCCAAGGCGACCUGCCCCAACUGUGGAGCCGAGUUCACGAGAACAACGGCGCGGAACGGCCACCUCCUCCACGACAAGUGCAAGCAGCGCCGCAACACAUAG